UAUAACCUCACUUUUAAUUAUUUCUUCCAAUCAUAGAAGAGUCUUAAGUAUACAAGAAGCCUCCUGAACCCACCAAAUUUUCAUCUGAGGAUGCUCUAGUCCCCAGUGAAAUGAUAAUUAGCUUACUUUUUGGAACACCCUGUAUCAAUUCUAACAUUUUUGUAAUCACUAAUUGACAGGAGGACCCAUAAUCCAUUUAAUUGAAACAAUUGACCCUGAAAAACGUUUCCAGAGUGCAACCAACUUUUUCGAAACAACGCUUCCCACGAGAAGAAUAAUAAGAAGACAACAACCUAUGUAUCUCGGCGCAACUUGUAAGUAGUAAAGCUGAAAGCUUAAUCACAACAAAGCUAGUUGAACACUAGAACGGAACUAGUUAAAUCUGAAAGCGCGAACAUAAGUGCAGAGACGAGCAUUUAGUAGCUAUUCGUGGGUAGUUGAGUGUGUAUGGAAGAAUGUGGGGCUCUUGAUGCCACAAACCAACCGUAUUCUACUUCAAAAUAAAUUAAAUCGGCUGUCUGAUCUAAUCACGAGCAAAGUAUAGAAAUCUCGAGCGACCGGCAGUGGCAUGUAACUGUCUUUUUUAUUAUUUGGCGGAAACCAGAGCAAACAGCAAGCUGACGAUGUGGAAUAUAAAUAAGCGUUUAACUUAGUUUUGCCGAUUCAGUGUGUGUGCGGCAGCGAAAGUGUUUCGUAUUGCGUAAUCGUGGGCGGACAAAUAGUGAAAAACCCGUAAAUUAACUCAAAAACUUCCAAAAAUUCUCAUUUAAAAAAUUAGAGUUUUUCAAACAUGAAACUCGCCGUAGCAUUUAUGCUGCUGGCCGGCAUGCUGGCCAUCGGCGUCAACGCCGGCAACGAACCGGUUUGCUCAUAUCGCAAUACUCAAGGCGAAACGAUAUUCCUCAAAUAUUUGCCGCUACUCAAACAGGGACAGGAUUAUGUGGACUUUGGUGUGGAUGGCAAGUGUGUGAAGCGCGCCGUUUGUUCGGAGCGUUUCAAAACCGAAGUGGAGGAUUGCGGCAAGUAUUCCGUCACAUGCGGCAACAAAAAGACCUUCAGUGGCGUCUUUCCGGGCUGCUGUGUUAAAUGUUAAUUGCAAAAACAAAACCAAAAGCAAAAAAAAACCAAAAAAAAGCAUAUAAACUUCAAAUGAACUACUCGUAAAGUUAAACGUAUUCACCAAGAGCUUACAUAAUGAAAAUACUUUUUUUUUAAUAAAUUUAACUCAAAAAC